GGACCGUCUUAGUGGUCCUGAUCUGUCUAGAGGGUUGUUCAUCUAAGAGGACGCGGACAGGACCGGAUAUGCCGACAUGAGACCGAGCAGCUGAACUUUGUCCCGGACCGAAGACGCAGCGCUUCAGGAGACGUGUGUGGAGGAAAGCGCCAAAGGAAGGGGGUCUUUAAACAAGUCACUAGAACCUCUCUUUUCUUCUUAGAACGGCUUCCUCUCCAGCCAGCAAGAUUUCUCCCAAAAGCAGGCAGCAGGACCGACCUGCGCUGUCGCGGCUGGUCGGCAGGAAGCGGCUGGUGGCGGCGGGAGUCCUGGGGGUCGUUAUGGUUCUGGUUUUGGUCAUCCUGAUUCCGAUUUUGGUCAACUCAGCGGGAACAGCUGCGCACUACGAGAUGCUCGGUACUUGUAGGAUGGUGUGCGACCCGUACGGAACCAGGUCUCCGACCAGCACCGCCACGGCGGACGCGCCUCCUGAUAGCGGCUUGGUUCAGUCCUUACCCACCUUCAUCCAGGGUCCGAAAGGAGAACCGGGACGUCCGGGAAAGGCGGGUCCAAGAGGAGCUCCAGGUGAGCCGGGACCACCCGGUCCUGCUGGGCCACCUGGAGAUAAAGGUGAACCGGGUAGACCUGGUUUACCGGGACCUCCGGGACCGAGCGCGGCCGCGGGAGCGAUCAGCGCGGCCACGUACAGCACCGUGCCGAAGAUCGCCUUUUACGCAGGGCUGAAAAAGCAGCACGAGGGCUACGAAGUGCUGAAAUUUGACGACGUGGUGACCAACCUGGGGAACCACUACGACCCCACCACGGGAAAGUUCACGUGCUCCAUCCCCGGGAUUUACUUCUUCACCUAUCACGUCCUGAUGCGCGGAGGAGACGGGACCAGCAUGUGGGCAGACCUCUGCAAGAACAACCAGGUGCGGGCCAGUGCCAUUGCCCAAGAUGCAGACCAGAACUAUGACUAUGCCAGUAACAGCGCCGUGCUGCAUCUGGAACCAGGAGAUGAGGUCUACAUUAAGCUAGAUGGUGGCAAAGCUCAUGGAGGAAACAACAACAAGUACAGCACCUUCUCUGGAUUCAUCAUCUACGCUGAUUAAACCGUCCACCACCCGGUUUCCGGCCAUCUGAUUCAGUCCCUUCAAGGAGAGUCUCUUAGACAUGUCUGGACUAACUCAUAAA